UUCCUUGGAAGGCUCCUCCCUCCAGUGAGGUGCCAAUGGGCUCGUCUCCAGCUCCAGGUAAUUCCAUCCACCAAACCAAACUCGAGAUGCAUUGUAUGAUCAUUGGUUGAGGUUCCUUCCUACUCCAUCCGUUCGGAAUUACUUGUCGCGAAAAUGGACGUCCAAUCCUGAGACCUUUUUGUUCUCGAUCGAUGUUGUGCCAAACGGACCACGUACGUGCAGAUGAUGCCAUGAGGCAGCAUCUGCUGGACGUGGACGUGGACGGCGGCGACGGGCCCAAGAUACGGGUGCGCGGGCUGACGCUGCGGCCGCCGGGGCCGGACGGCGAGCCGACCGUGCCCGGGUCCGACCUGGACGUGCCGCGCGGGGUGGUGAUGGGCGUCAUCGGCCCCAGCGGCAGCGGCAAGUCCACGCUGCUCCGCGCCCUCAACCGCCUCUGGGAGCCCGCCCCCGGCGCCGUCACCCUCGACGGCGCCGACAUCCGCGGCCUCGACGUCCUCGCGCUCCGCCGCAGGGUCGGCAUGCUCUUCCAGCUCCCCGCCAUGUUCCAUGGAACGGUGGCGGACAACGUGCGGUACGGCCCGCGGCUGCGCGGCGAGACGCUGACCGACGCGCAGGUGGAGGAGCUGCUGGGCCUGUCGGACCUGGACCCCGCCCUGGCCUCCCGGCCGGCGUCGGAGCUGUCCGUCGGCCAGGCGCAGCGCGUCGCCCUGGCCCGCACCCUCGCCAACGACCCGGAGGUGCUGCUGCUGGACGAGCCGACGAGCGCGCUGGACCCCAUCUCCACGCAGAACAUCGAGGAGGCCAUCGUGCGGCUGAAGAAGGCGCGGGGGAUCACCACGGUGAUCGUCUCGCACAGCGUGAGGCAGAUCCAGCGGAUCGCCGACCUCGUGUGCCUCGUCGUCGACGGCGUCGUCGUGGAGGUGCUCCCGCCGUCCGACCUGUCCCAAGCCAAGCACCUCAUGGCCCGACGCUUCCUGGAGCUCAGCUAGUUGAAUGUUUGUUUGACUUUGGUCGCCGACUACACUGUUGAGUCUGUCUGACCUUGCUUAAUUCGGACAUGUCGCUUCAAUCUUGCUACCACGACGAACGCUGUGUGCGAUCUGCAUAAAUGUACUUCUCUUUUUGAGAUAGCAUAAA